UGAAGCGCGGCUGCCGCGGCCGCCAUGUUCCUGUCUGGUUGCUGUGAUGGAGACGAGGCGCUUCGGAUUUUAAACUUUCUGUUUUGAAUUUUAGAAAUCAUCUGAAAUCCUCAAUAUCUCAAUAUUGUGAUCUCUACAAUCACAAGAUGCUUUAAAAACACUGCAGAACUGAAGGUGAAGGUUUAGAGAACAGGCCUGUGACCGCCCCAGUGCGCGCGCUCCUGUCACGCCGCCGUCACCAUGGCGACCACGGGGCUGCGCAUCGGAGAUCAGCUGGUCCUGGAGGAAGACUAUGAUGAAAACUACAUCCCAUCUGAGCAAGAAAUCCAUGAGUACGCCGUAGAGAUCGGCAUCGACCCGCAGCGGGAGCCGGAGCUGCUGUGGUUGGCCAGAGAGGGGAUGGUGGCGCCGCUGCCGGCCGAGUGGAAGCCAUGUCAGGACGUCACCGGUGAAGUGUACUACUUCAACUUCUCCACGGGUCAGUCCACGUGGGAUCAUCCCUGUGACGAUCACUACCGCCAACUAGUGGUGCUGGAGCGAGAGCGCACACAACACACCAGAACCGCUCCGGCCGUGGCCACCGCUGCUGUGGGGAAAGACAAAGAGAAGAAGAAGAAGAAAGACAAGAAGAAGAAGGAGAAGAAGAAAGACCCAGAGGGAGUCAGAGCUCCAGGGGUGUUGGCUCCUCUCGCUCCUCUCCGGGGUCUGUCUGAAGCUCCUGUCGCUCCUCUCAGAGGGUCUCUGGGCAUCCCAUCUGGACUCCAGCCACUCAAAACCUCUCUAGGGUCUGCCGUGUCGAGCUCCACUGCUGUCAGGAGUGCUGAGGAAGACGAGGAGAUCUCAGAGGAAGAGAGGCCGCGAGAUUCAUCCGGACUGCUGAAGAACCUCCAUCUGGAUCUGGAUGCUUUGGGAGCGGGACUUCAGUAUGAGGACAGUGAGGUCAGUGGGACGGUUCCUCCUGAAGAAAGAACAGAACCUGAACUACAGGAUUUGGCCUUAUCGAGGGAUCACAGUCCAGAACCGCCUUCAGAGGACUCGUUGCGUGGACGUCACCUCCCCUCCACAGCCGCUUCAUGCCCUCUGACCUCAAACGCUGCUGCAGAAGACGAGCUGAUGACUGAAGGCAAGAGUGACGGUGUGCAGGAGGAGAAACAGUCUGAUGAAGAGGAAAACAAACUGAUCAGAGACGAAGAGAAGAGCGAUGAGAUCGAUGAGCAGAUCGAGCGAUUCAGCAGUCCCGAAGAGGAGCAGAGGAACCAUACGGAGGAGAGAACGGAAGAACGGAGAGAUCAGACGGAGAGUGAAGAUGAUGGAGACAAGCAACGGGAUGAAACACAGAGAGAGGAGAAAGACAAUGAAGUAGAGAGAAGUGUUUCCUGUGAGGAGGAGGAGAGGCUUUCUGAACACAAUGAAAGAGAGGAAGAUGAACACGAGAAAGAUCAGAUGGAGAGUAAAGGUGAUGGAAAGAUGACUGGAAGAGAAGAACAGAUGCAGGAGGAGGACGAGAUCAACAAUGAAGAGGCAGAGAGAAGCGUUUCCCAUAUGGAGGAGGAAGAGAGGCUUUCUGAACACAGUGAAAGAGAGAAAGAUGAAUGCGAGGAAGAUCAGAUGGAGAGUAAAGGUGAUGGAAAGACGUCUGGAAGAGAAGAACAGAGGCAGGAGGAAGAGGAAGAGAUAAACACUGAAGAAGAGGUAGAGAGAAGCGUUUCCCAUAUGGAAGAGGAAGAGAGGCUUUCCGUACACAAUGAAAAAGAGGAAGAUGAACACGAGAAAGAACAGAUGGAGAGUAAAGGUGAUGGAAAGACGUCUGGAAGAGAAGAACAGAGGCAGGAGGAAGAAGAGAUCAACAGUGAAGAAGAGGCAGAGAGAAGCGUUUCCCAUAUGGAGAGGCUUUCAGAACGCAGGGAAACAGAGGAAGAUGAACAUGAGGAAGAGCAGAAAGAGAGUGAAGAGAUCAGCAAAGAGCCGACGGACGCUCAGAGCGACAGAGACAGCGAGGAGAUCGAACGCUUUCAGAACGACAGCCUUCAAAUAACACACGUUAAAACAGGGAAGUUUAUGCCUCAGUGGAAUCGAGUGUGCAGUGAGGAAUCUGAGGCCGGUGAAGAAGCGGCGGCGUCGCUCUCAUCCGCUGAUAAUGUGCAGGCUGGUUUCCACUCCAAACUCUCAGAGAAUGUGUUUGAUCUGCUGGAUCUGACGCCUGCAGUGGACAGGAAGGAAGUGGAGGGAGAGGGAGAUGUGGACAGCUGUGUGGAUGUCUCUGUAUCUGCAGACAGACGUCUGCUUGAAAACGUGACGUCAGCUCAGACGCCGCAGUCACGUUCCAACGCCUCCACGCCUGCAGAUGACAUCAGCAGGACAUCACAUGACCAGAGACCGCCCACCGCCCGUGGCCGAACCGACACCAGUUAUCAGGAGAGAACACAGAGAGAGGAGGAGAAGAGACGAGAGGAGGAGAAGAGACGAGAAGCUCAGGAAGAUGAAGAACGGCGUAAGCGUGAUGAAGAGGAGAGGAAAAGACUGGAGGAAGAUGCAGAGAGGCAGAUGGAGGAGGAGAGGAGCAGACUGAUGGAGCGGACACAGAGGAGACUGCAGCUGCUCAGAGAAGCUCUGAUGAAGGAUGAGGAAGACGAGGAGCGCCGGAUGAAGGAGGAAAGUGCUGAGCAGUUGAGGGUUUUGAAGGAGAAGAUACUUAAAAACAGACGAGACGAGGAGGAGCGAUUGAACAAUGACACGCACACACGACUACAACAGCUCAGGGCUGAGAAUGAGGUGAAACUCCAGGAGCUGCGCUCAGAGCUGGAGGAAGAGCGGGAGAGAGCGGAGACUCAGAGGAAGCGGGAUCUCGAGCGCCUGAGGGAGGAGUCAGAGGAGGAGCUCCAGGCUGAGAGGAGGCGGCUACAAGAGAAGAAGGAGGAGCAGCUAUCCUCCAUCAGAAUACAGGCUAAACUCAGUGACUCACAGCAGAAUUUAAGGAGUCCACGACCAGAACAACCUUUAGCCGAGUACCAGAGAGAGCUCACAGAUGUGCUGCAGGAAGUCCGUGAAGAAGUUGAGAGGGAUCACAGGAGGAAACUAGAACAACUGAAAGAGGAACAUCGACAUGAACUAGAGAACCUCAGAGAAACACACCUGGAGCAGGAGAGCAGGGAGAGGGAGCGUCUGCUGAACUCUUUUCAGGAGGAAAGAGACACUCUGAGCUCUAAACACACAACACAACUACACAAACUACAGCACACACUGGACACACAGCUGCAGGAGAUGCGCAGGACACACUCACUGAAGGAGGCAGCGUUACAGGAGUGGAUGGAGAAGCUGGAGAUACAAACCAAAGAACUUCAAACUCAAGAGGCUGAACUUCAGUCAAAGGCGUCAGAAUUGAAGAAGAGGAGGCAGCAGCUGUAUGAGGAAGAGGAGGAUAUUCAGAGAGGAUUAGAGUCUCUCCCUCGGCUGCUAAAGGAGCGGGAUGAUCUCCAUGAGGAGCUGCAACGGAUGAGAGCAGAUCUUCAGAGAGAGAGACAGGAGAGAGAGAGACAGAGAGAAGAGAACAGCAGGAUGAUGGAGGAGAGACAGCAGCUGGAGACGAGAGUCACACUCCUGCAGGACAGAUGUGAGCAGCUCAGCUCCAGAGUCAGUGAACUGGAGCAGAGGAGCAGAACUGAGAGGGAUCACCAGCAGGAUGGAGCAGAAGACCAGCAGAAGAAGAGCAAGAGAAAGACUGAGAAUGGCCUGCGUUUGGAGGAUCUAGAACCAUCGGUGCUGCGGUCAGGAGACGACAGCGAUGCCAGUGUAGACGAGUAUGUUGUGAGGCGGUAUAUGUGGAAUGAGAGCGUGUCUCUCCUCAGGGCUCGGCAGUUUCUGGAGCGGCAGAGCGUUCACGUGUCAGACAGACAGGCGGCGCUGCGGGCGGCUCACAGCAGUCUGAAGGACCCCGUGCCCGGGAGCUCGUCACAGCAGCUCUACCACAAUCUGCAGCAGGAGGUGAGGGAUCUAGCCGAGCUCAGGGAGACGCUUCACAAGGGUCAAUCGCUACUGAAAGAAAAAGAGGAAAAACUCAACCAGCUCGAAACAUCACUGACUGAAGAGGUGUCAUGUGAGGACGCUGAGAGGUCAGCUGAUCGGAAAGUGACGUUUGAUGUGACCGAGUCAGAGAUGAGCAGCAUCUACAGCCCGGAGGGAACAGUUCCAGUGAAGGUGCAGCAGUUGGCCGACUCUCUGCAGCUGAUCUCGGGUCAGCUGAACUCUGUGUUAGGAGCUUUAGGUUCCCUGACCCACAAACAGGCUCCGCCCACUCUGACCACACCUCUACCACCCUGUCCCUCGUGGGCGUGGUCUGUAAAUCCCUCCCCUUCGCUGUCCAACGGACUCGCACACAGACCCACAGACUCUCUGCAGAACCGCUGGUCGGGACUGAGCACAGAAACCAGCAGAGCUCACAUGACCUACUCAGGAUACACACCACCAAGUCUGUCAAGUCUGCGUCCAUCAGCAGAGGUCGAAGGUCAGCGGCUGCAGGGGCUGAUUGAAGGAAACAAACGCUGGCUGGAGGCUCAACGGAAAAACCGCAACAUUCCUCUGUUCCCGAACCUCAGAAGCGUGUCCAGCAGCGGUGGGUUAGUUCAGCUCAGCCUCGACGACAACAACCAGAUUAAAGUCCAUCAUUACUGAAGCAGCUGAAUAAACACCUGCAGGAGAUUCUAGAGCAGCUCAUGUGUUCCUCAGGACAGCUGAAGAUCAUGAGCAGUUAUAUGAACUGUGAGGACGUUUGUCUACAUUUUUAUUUGUAUAGCUAUGUGCAGAUCUCAUUUGUACAAUAUUUUUGUAAACAAUUAAAUGAAUUUAAUUCUU